CUUAUCACUGGCCAUUAGUGGCUCUAAGUCGGAAUAAUCCCGCAGCUUCGAUGGAUAUUGGGAUUGCAAUUUUCAUCAUUGGCCUGGGGGCCCUGGCGGCGGCCUUCUGCCUCAUGGUAAUCGGUGUGGUGUACGCCGAGCUGAUGGACUGCGACAUCCCGAGCGGGGUGGAAGGCGCGGCGAAACUCCACACGGUCCACUGCCUGCUCGUCGGACUGGCCGUCAUCGGCAGGAUACUAGACCGCCUGGGCCUGUGCAACCAGGUCCGCUUCACCCGAUGGGCCACGGGCCUCUUCUUGGGCAGUAGGAGACCGGAUCCAGAGGGCCUCCGUAUCAAGGACCUGACCUUCGCCGAGGUGCCAGUGCGGGUUUACGAGCCGACCCCGCCCAGCCCGGGCAAGAGGAGAGGCUUGGUCUACUUCCACGGGGGAGGAUGGGUGUCUGGGAGUCUAGACACCUCAGACGAAGUGUGUCGAUACAUCGCCAUGAGGAGUGAAACCACGGUGGUGUCCGUUGGCUACCGUCUCGCCCCCGAGCACACAUACCCCGCCCAGCUGGACGACUGUGAGGCCGCCACCUGCCAUUUCCUCUCGGUGGCCGCCGACAGCUUCGGGGUGGACCCGGGCCGGGUGGCGGUGGGCGGGGACAGCGCGGGGGGGAACUUGGCGGCGGCCCUGUGCCAACGUCUGGCCGGGCGACAGCGGCCGGGGCAUCUGCUCGCGCCCCGCGCCCAGGUCCUCAUCUACCCGGCGCUGCAGAUGGCCGACUUCAACCUGCCCUCGUACCAGCAGAACGCCACCGUGCCCGUCUUGCUGCGGGCGCGCGCCGCCUUCUACUUCCUGCAGUACGUCUGCGGGGAGGCGUACGCCUGCCCGGAGCUGCUGGACGGCGUGCACGUGCCCGCCGAGCUCAAGCUGCACUACGGCCGCUGGCUCGACCCCGACGACCUGCCCGCCGAGAUCAAAGCCCGGGGCUUCGAGCGCCAGAUCCCCUCCGAGUACGACGGCGAGGUCUACCACCUCGUCAAGGCCGGCCUGACCGCCGAGGUGUCCCCCUUGCUGGCGGACGACGACGCGCUCCGCGCCGUGCCGCCGGCCUUCGUCCUCACCUGCGAGUUCGACGUGCUGAGGGACGAGGGCAUCUUCUACGCCAGGCGGCUGGAGCGGCUGGGCGUGCCCGUCGCGUGGCACAACGUGCCAGACGGUUUCCACGGCGUGGUCAACUUCUACAAGCGCGGGUGGCUGUCCUUCGCCUCGGCCGAGAGGGCUCUGGAGAGGGUUGUGGACUACGUGAAAACACUGUAGGGAA